UGCCCGUCCCGGCCGGCGGGAGGGCGUGAGCUGCUGCCCGGAGUCGGCUCCCAGAAAGAUGGCUGCAGCCGAGGGGAAGGUCACCCGGGCCGCGGUGUGGACGCCCGUGGCUAUGAUGGCUUCUACUGCUGAUAACAAGAUCUGUAAGAACCAGGAUGGGCUUUUGGAGAUAAAGAUGGAGGAAAAAUGUAAGUAUACCACCAGAGAAGAUUGGAGCCUAGAAAGGAAGACGUAUAACAGAGAGGUCUUCCGAAAAUACUUCAGACAGUUUUGCUACCGGGAAACAUCUGGACCCCGGGAGGCUUUGAGCCGACUUCGGGAACUUUGCUGUCAGUGGCUGCGGCCAGACUUGAACAGCAAGGAGCAGAUCCUGGAGCUGCUGGUGCUGGAGCAGUUCCUGACCAUCCUGCCAGGGGAGCUGCAGGCCUGGGUGCAGGAGCAGAAUCCCGAGAGUGUGGAGGAGGUAGUGACUGUCCUGGAGGAUCUCGAGAGAGAGUUGGACGAACUAGGAUACCGGGCCCCAGUCCAAACUGAAGAACAGGAAGUGGCCUUGCAGAAGACGAAGCCUCUAGGAACAGAGCAAGAGCCCAGUGCAUCCCUUCAGUUUGCAAAAGCCAAGCUGAAGUAUGAACCUGCAGAAAGUGACGUCCAAGAGGAACAAGUUUCAGGUGUGGAGACUGCAAAUGAGUCCGGGACUGUAACUCUACAGCAAGACCUUUGUGAAGGAGUGGAAGCAGAACAGGUGACUGCUGGCAAAUUAGCAAAGGAUGCACUCCAGUGUGAGGAAACUCAGGGCCCUGGAAAAGAGCCUUCUGGUGCUUCCAGUGAGGACAGCCAGCCUCUGCGGAAUGAAAAUGCGGUAAAUUUGGGUGACAACUCCAGCCACACCGAGCACCAAAACAUCUGCCCAGGGCGAAAGUUGCAUGGAUGUGAUGAGUGUGGAAAGACUUUUCGCCAGCACUCACGCCUCAUAGAACAUAAGCGGAUUCACACUGGAGACAGGCCCUACAAAUGUGAGGAAUGUGGGAAAACUUUCCGAUGGAGGACUGUCCUCAUUCGACACAAGGUGGUCCACACCGGAGAGAAACCAUAUAAGUGUAAUGAAUGCGGCAGGGCCUUUGGCCAGUGGUCAGCCCUUAAUCAACAUCAGAGACUUCACUCGGGAGAAAAGCACUACCGCUGUAAUGAAUGUGGCAAAGCCUUUUGCCAGAAGGCAGGCCUCUUUCACCAUCUCAAGAGCCACAGAAGAAACAGGCCUUACCAGUGUCUUAAGUGUAAUAAAAGCUUUAAUCGCCGCUCCACGCUUACUCAGCACCAAGGAGUUCACACUGGUGCCAAACCCUACGAAUGCAGACAGUGCGGGAAAGCAUUUGUUUAUAACUCAUCCCUCGUUGCCCAUCAGGAAACACACCACAAGGAGAAAUCCUUCGCUCAAAGUGGACCUGCUCAGCACCAGGAGCACCACGCCAGGGAAAAGCCAUACAAGUGCAAUGUGUGUGGAGAAGUCUUUGUUCAAAAGACGAGUCUUACAGAGCAUGAGCAAACUCAUACUGGAGAGAGACCCUAUACAUCUGCCGAGUGUGGGAAGGCCUUUACCCAGUGGUCAGUUCUCACGGAACAUCAGGGAAUCCACACUGGGGAGAGGCCCCACCAAUGUGAUGACUGUGGCAAGACCUUCAGACAGCAGCCAGAUCUUAGCAAGCACCAGAGAAUUCAUAGUAGAAGUGGGCCCUAUAAGUGUAAUGAGUGUGGGGAAUUGUUCAGACAGAACUCGACUCUUAUUCGUCAUCAGACUGCUCACAAAGGAGCAAGAAUCUCUGUGGUAACUAUAGGGAAGGCAUCUCACAGUGUAGGCUGAUGAGAAAUAAUGUAUUUGUAAUGCUUUAUGGCAAAACUUCAGUUGGUGCUGUAAGAAGACCAUAAAUAUUUGAUGAGCGCU